CUCUUGUGGGGGGAGACCCCCCUCCUCUCUCCUAUGCAAAGUCCAGCUCCAAGAUGGAGUCACAUGGGCAAGUCGCAUGAUUGAGUUUCUAACCAGUCAAGCCACAUUCCUGGGAAAGCUCCGAUGUGGAUUGGCAUCUUAAAGUUCAUUGCUGGCUUAAGUGGUUCUUGAUUGGGCAUUUAAUUUGCACAUUCCUUUUUCAAUAGAAAUCAAACAAGUAUACAGCCAUAUUACUAACUUCAAGUACAAAAAUGAUACAUGCAUACAAAUAGGAGGAAUGUAUUCCGUAGAUCAUAACCUUUACAUAGAUGUGUUACAUGGCAUAUGUAGCAUAAAACAUAUUCCAGUUAUAUCAUAUAUAUAUUCAUAAGCAUAUUCCCAUGAAGACUUAUGGGAUACACUGUCACACCCGUGCCUGCAGACGCUGCCCCCACAGCUUCCAUUGGCUGCAGUUCCUGUCCAAUGGAAGCUGUGGAUCACCCCUGCAUCCAGGGGCUGCAGGGACAUGCCGGCCACUUCCGGGAGAUGCGCAGAAGUCAAUUGAGAUUUAUCACCGACUUCAGUGGGUGUAGGACAGGGGUUGGCAACCUAUGGCACGCGUGCCCAAGACGGCACGCAAGCCGAUUUUUAAUGGCACACUGCUGCCUGUCGGGGUCCCGUUCAUCCCGCUGCUGGGCUGAGUGGGGCCGGUGGCCGGGACCCCGGCAGCGUGCCAUUAAAAAUCCGGCCCUCCCGCCAGCAUUUGCACAUGCUUUCCUGACCUCCGUUACUUCCAGUGGGAGGUUGUGUUUCCGGGUUAGCACGUCCAUACCGCUACCUGGUGUCCGCGGAGUCAGUGGCCCUGGAAGCAGCCCCACCGGCGGGGGCAGGAAGAAGGACCUGGCCCCACAGGAGUUGCAGCGCCCACGAGGCCUCUCCUGGCCAGACCCUACACCCCAACCUGCUCCUUCACUCCCAGUCGUCUGCUCAGUGCAGAGAGAGAGAGGAAGAGAAUGGACUCAAACCAGGGAGAAGUCUAAACAGAGGCCACUUGGGACCCUUCUUUCCUUUUAUCUACAACUGAAAUAACUUUUUGUCAGCUGUCUGAGGAAGAUGGACUUCCACAAGCUCCUCUACACCAUCAGUGAGGCUCUGGCCACAGAAGACCUGGUGGCUCUGAAGUUUCUAAGCCUGGAACACAUUCCACUGCGGAAGCAGGAAGGCAUCCGUGAUCCUGAGGCCUUAUUCCUAGCACUCGAGGAAAAGGGCAUGAUGGAGGAAGACAAUUUGUCCUUCUUAAAGGAGCUGCUGUUCAGGAUAAACCGCAUAGACAUCCUAACUGAUAAACUGAGCUCCAGCAGAGAGGAGAUGGAGAGGGAGCUUCAAAUUCCAGGGAGGGCAAAGGUAUCUCAGUUCAGGUACCUGCUCUUCCAGCUCUCAGAAAACAUAACAACAGAUGAGUUGAAAUCUUUGAAGUUUCUUCUGAUCAAAGAGCUUCCAAAGUGCAAGCUGGACAACGAGAUGACACUGAUUGAUGUUUUCAUUGAGAUGGAGAAGAAGGGACUAUUGGCAGAAGAAAACCUAGAAACCCUCAAGAUUAUUUGUGAGAAAAUUGACAAAAGCCUUCUGAAGAAAAUUGAAGAGUAUGAAUUAGACCGAAAUGUGGAAAUGUACAUCACGGAAAGACCUGGAGACCAAACAGGAGUCUCUGAAGUCCAGGACAGCCCUUGGCCUUCUCAACCUGCAUCGGAUUCUCCAGGCAUCCAAGAAGAAAUCCAGCAGCCUGACAUGUACAAAAUGAGCAGCCAGCCCCGUGGAAUCUGCCUGAUCCUGAACAAUCAUGACUUUACAAAAGCAAGAUCAGAGGUGCCUAAACUUCAAAACAUAAAAGACCGGAACGGAACAGACGCCGAUGCAGCGGCUCUGAGAAAGGUCUUUACCAAACUUCACUUUGAGAUAGCAGAACACAAAGACCUCACUGCAGAGCAAAUCCGUCACACAGUGCACGUCUACAGGAACAUGGACCAUCGUGACCGGGACUGCUUUGUUUGCUGCAUCCUCUCCCAUGGUGAUAAAGGCAUCGUAUUUGGUACUGAUGGGCAGGAAACACCUAUCCAGGAACUAACCACUUCUUUCACUGGCAUGAACUGCCCCUCACUUAUUGGAAAACCAAAAGUGUUCUUCAUUCAGGCCUGCCAAGGUGACACAUUCCAGAGAGGGGUACAUAUAGAAACAGAUUCUGCAGAGCUGGAUUCUUCUGUAGAGGCAGAUGCAAGAUUUCAACUGGAGUGCAUUCCAGAUGAGGCAGACUUCCUGCUUGGAAUGGCCACUAUGAAAGAUUUUGUUUCCUACAGAAGCACAACCCAGGGCACCUGGUAUAUACAAUCACUGUGCGAGCACUUGGAGAAGAGCUGUCCACGAGGAGAGGAUAUUCUCUCGAUCCUGACAGCAGUGAACCGGGAGGUGAGCAGGAAGAAUGACCGGCUGAACCAAGGGAAGCAGAUGCCACAGCCCAGUUUCACACUCAGGAAAAAACUCAUCUUCCCGGUCAACUGAACAGGGAACUGUAGUCACCCCCAAUUUGAAAUCUGCUAUGGAAAAGUCUGCAGGCAGUUCUGGACUUUCGUUUGUUACAAAAUUAGAGCUUUCAGUAUGUGCUCUCAGCUUGGGAACAAACAUACCUUUUUUUUUAAACGUAGCUUUCCAGAGAGCAGGCUAUUUCAUUAGAAGUGUUCACUUUUUGUCAGAACUGUGAGUACAACCAGGUUGCUGGAUAGCUCAAUGCUCUCACCAGUGCCUGUAGAUCAGUGUUUCUCAGCGACCGGUCCGUGGACCGGCACCGGUCCCUGAUAUUUCCCUGACACAGUUUAGAAAGGGAGCAAGCCAGUCCCUGGUAUCAAAAAGGUUGAGAAACACUGCUGUAGAUGAUAGCAGGUAUUAAUAUAGAGGCACUUGGCCACUUUUUCAAAUGAUGUAUUUUUCAGGGAGAACUAUCUACCAAAUUUGGAAAACAAGAUAUUGACUAACUUAGAAUCAAGUUUAGGGUUGUGUACACAUGUAGUUAGGUUAUGAUCAGCUUGUACAAAAAUAAAAGUAAGUUUCAGAAAAUUUUAUCUCCCUGAAAAUAAGGAUACACAUUUUAGUCCAACAAGAUAGAUUUGGAAUUUUUUUUUUUUUUGAAAGUAUAUGGCAAGGGCUUAGACGAGAAGUGCCUUUUCAAAGCACUGUUGCUAUUAACCUGCCUGACCAUCAUAGUAAGUUCUUUUCUUAAUAAAGUGUCCAUUAUACUUA